AUGGCUGAAAGCAGUUUUUCUGCGGGUAAUCAACCCCUUCGCGUGGGCACCAAAGACGACAAUAUGAACAAGCCCACCACUUUCCACAAGAUCUCGGAGGACGAGGAGUACGAUGUGACGUCACCAACCGAUCCGACUUUUCGCACCGCCAAUGCCCCCGCCGCCGCCUCGUCUUCGACUGGCAACAAUUUGUUUGGAGGCGGUGGGUUCGGUGACGGAGGUGCCAUCCGCUUCAAUACUCGAAGCCCGUUUGACGAUGGGUCGCGCGAGGAAGACGAAGCCGCUGACGACUUCCCGCCAGGCGACAUCCGCCCGACGGGUCUUUCCAACCCUGGCCUCCCCAACAACUAUGCCUUGGGACGCAGGACAUCAGUUUCAGCAGAGUCGUUGAAUCCCACUUCAGCGGGUUCGGACAGCUGGGCUCCACCUCAUCACCCCAAGUCAGAUGAGCAGAUUGCGCGGUUGAAGACUGCGGUCAGCAACAACUUUCUCUUUGCCCAUCUAGAUGAUGAUCAGUUCAAGACCGUGCUCGAUGCGCUGGUGGAAAAGCCCAUCCCCGCCAAGGACAUCAAGGUCAUCUCGCAGGGUGAUGCAGGAGACUACUUCUAUAUCGUCGAAGAAGGUCACUUUGACGUCCUUAUCCAUCCUUCUGGCUCGGUGCAGCCUGGUGCGGAUGGCAUGGGCAACAAAGUCAGCACCAUUGGCCCUGGAGGCUCGUUUGGAGAGCUGGCUCUCAUGUACAACGCCCCUCGUGCCGCGACAGUCGUUUCGGUCGACCCAAAGAGCACCCUCUGGGCGCUGGACCGCAUCACCUUCCGUCGCAUUUUGAUGGAUUCGGCCUUCCAGCGUCGUCGUAUGUACGAGGCUUUCCUGGAGGAGGUGCCUCUGCUCUCCAGCCUCAAGCCCUAUGAGCGAUCCAAGAUCGCCGAUGCGCUGGACGCCAGCAAAUACCCGGCUGGAUCGACCAUCAUCAGUGAAGGUGACCCGGGCGAUGCUUUCUAUCUGCUGGAGGCUGGCGAGGCGGAUGCGUUCAAGAAGGACUUUGAGGGGGUGGUUAAGUCCUACAAGCGUGGUGACUACUUCGGCGAGUUGGCGCUGCUGGAUGACAAGCCCCGAGCUGCUAGCAUUGUGGCCCGGUCGGAAGUCAAGGUUGCUCGGCUGGGCCGUGACGGCUUCAAGCGGUUACUGGGACCGGUGGAAGAUAUUAUGAGACGGGCCGAGUAUGAGUCGAAGCCAAACCAAUCAUGA